AUGCAUCCGCGGCGCCCGGACGGGUUCGACGGCUUGGGCUACCGGGGUGGCGCCCGAGACGAGCCGGGCUUUGGCGGCGCCUUUCCGGCCAGGUCCUUCAGGUCCGCGUCGGACCUGAGCCGCUGGGUGACCUCUCCCCCAGACAUCCCGGGGAGCCGCAACCUGCACUGGGCCGAGGGCAGCCCGCCCCGCGGCGCGCCCGCCCCCGGCACGCCGCCCGAGGGCCCGGCGGAGGGGCCCUGCCCGGGCGGCGCGGGGCGCAGCGGCGAGCAGUUGAAUAGAUUUGCUGGAUUUGGUAUUGGACUUGCAAGUCUUUUUACAGAAAACGUGCUGGCCCACCCCUGCAUCGUUCUGCGCCGCCAGUGUCAGGUUAACUACCAUGCUCGGCACUAUCAUCUCACCCCAUUUACAGUCAUCAAUAUUAUGUACAGCUUCAACAAAACCCAGGGACCAAGGGCCCUUUGGAAAGGAAUGGGAAGUACAUUUAUUGUGCAGGGAAUCACACUUGGAGCAGAGGGAAUAAUCAGUGAAUUCACACCUUUACCAAGGGAGAUUUCACAUAAAUGGAAUCCUAAACAAAUAGGAGAACACCUUCUAUUGAAAUCCCUAACUUACAUAGUGGCAAUGCCUUUUUAUUCAGCAAGUCUAAUUGAAACAGUACAGAGUGAGAUAAUCCGCGACGGCGCCGGGAUUCUGGACUGUGUGAAGGAGGGGAUUGGAAGAGCGAUCGGCUUGGGCGUGCCUCACAGCAAGCGCCUGCUCCCGCUGCUGUCCUUGGUCUUCCCCACGGUGCUGCACGGGGUUCUCCAUUACGUCGUCAGCUCGGUGGUCCAGAAGGUCGUCCUCCUCCUCCUGAAGAGGAAGGCUCACGGCGGCCAGCCCGCCGAGGGCGCCAGCCCGGCGCAGAGCACGCUGGACGCCUACUUUCCGGAGCUCGUGGCCAACUUCGCGGCCAGCCUCUGCUCUGACGUCACGCUGUACCCGCUGGAGACGGUUCUGCACCGCCUGCACGUGCAGGGGACGCGCACGAUCAUCGACAACACAGACCUGGGCUACGAGGUGCUCCCGAUCAACACGCAGUACGAGGGCGUGGGGGACUGCGUCCGCGCCAUACGGCGGGAGGAGGGCCUGCUCGGCUUCUACAAGGGGCUCGGCGCGGUGGCCACCCAGUACGCGCUGCACGCCGCCGUCCUGCAGCUCACCAAAGUCGUGUACUCCACGCUGCUGCGCGGCGGCGCUUGA